CCGGCUCCCCUCUCUUUCAAAAUUUCCCCCCUCCUUCGGAAAAUACUCGCACGGUCUCUCUGGUUUCUUCCCUUCCCUCUCCCUCUCUUUCUCAUCGAUGGCCGAAGAACCACUGAGCCCUAAGCCAUCACUGGCAGCAACUCAAAGAGCUUCAAUGGCCUCCAACCGGCUCCAAUCACCGACCAGCCCCUUCUUCCUGGCUUCCAACGACGACCAACUCGAACGCGCCCAGGCACGCGCCGCACGUGCCGCUGCCAAUCGUCGCAUUGCUGCUUCCACAACUGCCCCUUCGCCUCCUCCCGAUUCUUUUCUUAGCAAAGAACGCAUUAUCGACUUGUACCAUAACUGCAUUAAACUUGCCAGCGAAAAUAAAAUAAAUCAGAAGAAUACUUGGGAGCUGAUGCUUAUAGAUCAUCUUAGUGAGGUUAUCAAAGUUGAAGCAGAAAACAACGCAGAGACUAAUUUUCAAAAGGCAAGUUGCACGUUGGAGGCGGGGGUGAAAAUUUACUCUGCUAGGGUGGAUGCGGUGCACUCAGAGGCAUAUAAGGUCUUGGGUGGGAUCAAUCGAGCUGGCAUAGAAGAUGAACAAGAAGGAGACAACGUUGACAAUGGGCUGGACUGCACUCAUUCUAAGAAAAAUCCAGAGAGGAAGAUAUCACCUCUAUCAACAUUGGAAUCCUCGUUUGAAGUUCUAAAUGUCAAGAAGUUUGAUGUUGCAUUUUCGGUGGAUCCUCUAUAUCAUCAGACAUCGGCAAAAUUUGAUGAAGGUGGAGCCAAGGGUCUCCUACUGAAUAACCUUGGAGUAUAUGGAGGAUGUCGGGUACUUUUUGAUUCUUUUGAAGUACCAGGGAAGUGCAAAUCAUGGUCAUCCCAAAAUAAUACUUCUGAUAUGGUUGAUCUCUCUUUUGCCAAAGAAUCUAUUGAACAGAUGAUGAUGAACAUGCGUGCAAUGAAUGUGAUUUCUCCGUCUCUCAAGGAUAUUGUCUGUCUGUUUGAUAGUGAUAAUCAAAGGCCAUCACAAACAUUUGAUGUAGGCCAGGGAUCAGAUGCAAUUGUUGAUGCAUAUGAUGAUAAUGAAUUUGAUUUUGAUUCUAAUUUAUUUGGGAGUCAUGAUGCAUCGAUCUCUGAUCAUGAUCACGAGACAAGUUUUGUUAAUCAGAGCUCUAGUUCUGGAGAUCCUACUUUUCAAAGUCAUCAUGAGGGGAAUGAUCCUUAUACAUUUCGUGAACCUGAUGUAGAUGACACAUUUGAGAAAUUCUCGAAGUUUCUUUUUCAAGGGCUUGGAGUUGCUUCAAAACAAAAUACAUGGGCAGGUCCUGAUCACUGGAAGUAUUGCAGAUCUAAGGGUUCAGAGGAUGCAACUACCACCGAAGGUGGACCAACUGUCUCAACUAAGAGAGCAAAGAAGAAAAUCCUCACUGAAGUUGACAUCGAAUUUAAAGAAUCCUUGGAUGAAGAAGUGCAUGAUAUCUUUCUUCCCCCUAAAAAUCCAAAGUCUUUACUUUUACCUGCAAAUAGAACACCAGCUAAUAACAGACUUCCAGAAGAUUGCCAUUAUCAACCCGAGGAUCUCAUCAAAUUGUUCCUUCUUCCCAAUGUUCUGUGCCUUGGGAAGAGAAGAAAUUUUUUUGAUGAUAACUCAUGGCAAGGAAACAAUGAUUUUGACGAAGCAUUGCCAUCAUGGGACAAUGAGAGUGUGCUUGAUGGCCAAUAUGACGAUGGACGUUUUCGUAAUGAUGUGGACAACUUAGAUAGACUUGUCUCUCAGCCUCGCCGGGUAAACAGAAUUGAAGUCCAAUAUGACAAAACUUCAAAACAAGUUGAUGUGCAUUCACUCAAAGAAACUCUGUGGGAGCACAUACAAGAAUCUUCUGAAGCUUCUGAAUCACAAAAGCUUUGCAAAGAAACGAUCUCCUUCAGACGUCUCUUGUCCUCAUUUCCUGUUGACUGUCAAGCAGCUGCUCCAGAGGACAUUUCUCCACAUUUGUGUUUCAUCUGCCUUUUGCAUUUGGCCAAUGAGCAUGGUUUAAAUAUCCGUGGCAGCCCCUCAUUAGAUGAUCUCAGUAUACAUCUUCCCUCUUCUUGCGGAAACUCAGAUGGUGGGUCCAGUCUUCAUCAUAACCAAGAUGCAACUUGAUUUUUGGAUGGCAAGAACUGGGAAGAUAGAAUGGUUUUCUCCAUGCAAGUAUAUGUGACCUAUCAAGCACCAGAAAUGAAAUUAUUAGCCAUUAGUAGUUUUCUUGAUAUGCCGAACUAUGUCACAUGCCGUUGUCUUGGUUUUAUGUAUAGAUAAGUGCAGUACUAAUAAAAUCUGGGAAAUGUAUGUGCUGCUGUGUGCAUAUUGGGAGUAUACGUCAGAAUGCCAAGUCCAUUUGACAAGUUUUGCUUUAGA